AGAUAAAAGCCGAUACAUUGACUGUAGCUGGGCUUCUUCAACCACUAUUGAUCUCGUGUCAAGUAUAGGACGACAUCACCCUAGAUUUUAUUAAGGAAUUACCGGUUUCAUAGGGAAAUAACACCAUCAUGGUGGUUAUCAACAGGCUCAGUAAGUCCACUCAUUUUCUCACUUUAAGUCAUCCUUUUACUACAAAACCUGUGGCAGAAAAAAUUGUGGAAGGCAUCAUCAAGCUUCACGGAAUGCCAAAUCCAUUAUUAGUGAUCGGGACCCCAUCUUCAUCAGUCACUUCUGGCAAGAAUGUUUUAAGAUGUUGGGCACCAAACUACAGCUCAGUUCUGCAUACCAUCCGCAGACGGAUAGUUAAAUGGAAGUCAUCGAUUGCUACGUCGAGCAGUGUCUUUGGUGUUUUGUUCAUCAAUAGCCACGAAAAUGGUGCUGCUACUUGAGCUGAGUAUUGGUAUCAUACAACAUAUCACAUUUCAACAGGGAAGACCCCUUUUCAGACACUAUAUGGACGAUUACUACCCUCCAUUCUAAUGUACAUUGAAGGAAUUUCAUCGGUACACAAAGUUGACCUGCAGCUCAUGAGUCAAGAUGAACUGCUCUGGCAAUUAAAGACCAACUUAGAGAGAUCAGUAUUUAGAUGAUAUCACCCAAUGAUUGUAGCAACCAGAUGAUUUUCUAUGACAAGAUGAAGCAACAAACGAAGUAUAAAUAGAAACUAGAUUGCUACAAGGCACAAGCUUCUCGACAAGAAGAAAUAACCAAGAACCCUAGAAAUAUUCUUCAUCAUGUGGAAGAGAUAACAACAGCGACCCAAGCAAUUACAGGAGUAAUCAACAGAAUGAGACCGCUGUCUUAUUGAUCCACAGAUAUCACUUGAUUCCUCUUUUCUACUUCUGUUUGGGUUGAGUCUUUCACUUUUGGUUGAAACACGGCUUUCCGUCAAUUAAAACAGAGAACACUGGUUCAAUGAAUUUAACAGUUUUAAUGCUCUCAGAUGUUGUUGCUUGGACUGUUUCCUUUGAUUCUUAUUCUAAUUAGGUUCAAGCUUCGUCAACAUGUUACAGUGGUUACUAUAAGCAAUCACUUGGAAUGAUUUUGGAGGUGAGCAGGUGUAUGUAGGGUAACUGCUCGACAAAAUGUCCCAGCUAAACACCUCGCUCCAUCCCCCCCAACGCACCACCUACACGGCUCCUCCAAAAUCCGCAGACCACCAUGCUAAACACCUUUCUCAAAACAACAUAACAACCUCACCUUCUCAAAAAUUCUCGGACACAAACAUUCCCAUACCUGUUCCAUCCUCUGCACCUACCUGCAAAACCCCUGUCCCUGCACCCUGUGCCUCCAUUACCAAUGAUGCAGUACAUGUUAAGCUGUUCUUUGAGAGAUUUCCUUCAUGGGUGGAAUAUCGGUUAUCAAACUUUUUGUAUCCAAGCGAAAAAUUGUUCUUGGAAGACGAUUUGGUUUUGUGGACAUUUCAUCCUCCUUAUCUGUCUCAACUCUCUAUGAUCAAGCCAGCCAGAUUUGGUUUGAUACGUAUAAAUUAAUAGUGAACCCACCUAAACAUCACUCCCUUAAAACUUCCCCUUCACCACCAAAACAAGUACCCAAGCCUGCAACACCAUACCACCCCCAACUUUCUUUGAUAGAUCAUCGAUCUUUUGCUAAGGUACUCACAUACACAAAACCUCAAAUAGCCACUACAAGAAGAAGAAUGGUGCAAUACGAAUCCACAGAGGAAGAUAAGGAAUGGUUAUAUAGGAGCUUGGUAGGAAAUAUUCUGCUAAAUGUUGACGUUGCAACCCUGGAGGCAACAAUAUUGAAAUCAGUUGCUAAUACUGUGAGCUUCAGAUUCCUAGAAGCUAGUCAGGUGAUCAUCACCUUUAUGGAUCAGUUGGCUUUAAAGAAAGAACAAGACAAUGAGGAGUCCAUUUUGAAAUCACUACUCAGCAAGCUUAGACAGUGGGAAGGAAGGACUAGAGAUAGAUUUGCUUGGAUAGCCAUCUUUGGCUUACCAAUGGAAGGUUGGAACAGAAACUGCUUUGACACUAUUCUACAGAGUUGGGGAAUUAUUGCUGGUUACGACACAACAUGUGUUAGUCAAAGGUCACUAUCAGGUAUCAGAGUUCUUAUUAGAACCAUAAAAAUGGAACCUUUGCAUGAUGAGGUGAGUCUCAAGCUUGACGGAAUACAAGUUGAGGUCCUUUUGAAUGAAAUAAAGGGUGAGUUCAUCCCUUCCCUCACAACAAUCAAACACUCUAUGGACGUAUCUCUUUACACAGAAUCUGUGCUAUCUGAUGAUGAAGAAGAGCAAACGAAAACUAUCUCUGCAGCAUCAAUCCCUAGGGCUUCAGGACAAAAUACUGAGUUUGAAUUCAUUUGUACGUUGGGCAAUCAAGAUCAGAACGACAUCACAUUUCUCAACACUAGCAUAUCACCGUUGUACCUGCAUCCAGAAAUUACAGAAUUAUGCAGCCAUUCAACUUAACCUGAAGAGCUGGUGUACGAAGACGGUAACAAUUUGGCUUUGGUAAUAUAAGAUAAUGCUGGGGUGGCUACAGCUGAUCCUAGAGAGGGAGAUGUGCAACAAGUCGUGUGUAUGCUUGAAAGUGAUGGGCUGGAUCAGGAGAAGGGUUACAAUAAUGGAGAUGUGAAGGAGAUGGGCCGGGUAAAAAAGCAGAAGCCCUUCAGAAUGGACCAAUAUAAGGGUAAUAGUAGUAGCUCAAGCAUUGGGCUGUCUUUCGUAAAUUUUGUUAUCCCCAUUGCAGACCAAACUGAACUCGUUGAUCUAGAAUUGCAAAAUAGAAGAUCUCAAAGGAAUAAAGCAAAGAAGCUGUCACGUAGAGCACCGACUGUCAAGAAAAGAAAACCACGAAAAAUGGGAAAUCAAAGUUCCAAGAAAACUGAGUUAGGCAUAAUUGAUUACUCUGUCUCUCAUAAUGGACUCAUGAAUAGAAAUAUCAUUAUUCGAUCUGGGAAGGAAAUAGCUGGCGAAGAUGAGGUAACCAGCUCGCACUCUCAUAUCUCUCUAACCCCAGGGAAGAAGCAACUGCUUGCUGGGAUGUGGGAAAAGCGGUAUUGAAAGUCCAUGAUGAUAGCCAUCUCAUGACACAAACACUGUAAAGCUUUAUAGAAAAAGAACAGGAGGAGUGGAUGAGAAGGAAGGAGCAGUAAGGAUGCUGUUUCUGUCUCAAUGAAGGUGACUUCAAUGAAACUCUUUC